GUAUUGAUGGAAUCAAAAGGCGAGGGAUUGGGGCGAAUUAAAUAAAUGUAGAAAUUGCGCGAGUCGAACGCUAAAAUGCUCCUUUUUGCGCACGGGACCCGGACAAAAGAAAUAAUCAAUGGUCCGACUGGGAGGCUGUUCUACCCAGUACCCAGUUCUCACCGAGAUGUCUACCCAACAACUUCAGGCAAGUCGCCCCCUACAAUAACAAACCCCAUUCACCCCCUUACAAACUCGUCAUUUUACACUAUUAUACGACUUAUUAUAUUCAAAACAAUAUAUCAAAUACAUUAAAAUGUACAGCAUGACAUUUUAUGCAUAACUAUAUUGUUUGCCUUAUUCUUCAUUGUUUAACAAUUAUAAUUUAAAAAUAAAAAUUUAAAUUCAAAAUUAUAAUUUUUUAAUUAUAUGCGCCCAGUUUCGAUAGCUUCUAGGCUGAUUUUUUUUUUUUUUUUGGCGCAGUAUUUUUAGAAAUUGGAGUUUUUUUGUUUCAAAAGGCAUCAAAUUAAAUUUAAAAUUUGCCUAAUAGAAUGGAUUUAACUGUGAGUGUUAAUGGAGACAAUUUCUUUGGUGAACGAUUUAAACUUGCAAGCAUUCUUCCUCCGGCAGCUUAAAUUUCUGGAAGACGUUUUCAUGGACCCGCCGAUCUGAAGAAGGAUAACGCAGUCCAGCCUCGAGAUGUUUGCUAAAUUCAACACUCAGAUCAAGGAUAAAUUUGGGGAGUGGCUAUUCUCCACUUCCCCAGAAUUACUACAGGUUCUGUCAUCGUACCAGAAGGCGGACAAUCUGGAAGACAUAUACAAGAAAGAGGUAGAGCCUGUUCAACAGCAAUCUCGUCCGGUUGAGACACUCGAUAAAUCAAAAUAUGUUGAACCGUUUCAGCAGAUGGUGGUACACCAGCAACAGAUCGUCCAUCAGAUCCAAAUGUCCCAGAGGCAAUACGCCUUGCAGCAAGGGACGAGCCAAGAAGCGCAACCCAACUCCUCUUCGAAACCUUCGGGACAUCCUCAAGAGAUAGAAGAUCAUUCCGGCCAAAAGCAAUCAACCGAAGAGGGUGAAUCUAGAAUUUCUAAUGAAAAACAGAGCUCCCUUAGUUUACCUGUUAUUAGGCGCGACUGUUUAAAUGGAAACUUAGUAGGUAUGGAGAAUAAGACAGAUAAAGUCCAGCUCCUUUUUGGACACGGAGUUUGUAAAUGGCCUGGCUGUGAUACGUUAUGUGAAGAUAUGAAAUCUUUUCUAAAGCAUUUAAACAAGGAACACACUUUAGACGAUAGGUCGACCGCUCAAGCAAGAGUACAGAUGCAAGUUGUGUCUCAGUUAGAACUACAGUUACAGAAGGAAAGGGACAGGCUUCAAGCAAUGAUGAUACACCUUCAUAUGUCCAAACAGCAAAACUCAACAGAACCUGAGCCGAACAACAGUGAUGCUUCUAAUGCGAUUAGGAGCAGUUGUUUACCGAAAAGUUCAUCCCCAGCUUUCGUAUCACAGACUUCAAAUCCAGUUGUAACAACGUCGCAAUUGCAGUUGUCUUCAUUGGGAUCGAACAGGGGGUCAGGACUUUCACCGAUGAGGCCACCAACACCGAGUUCGACAAAGAGGAGAGUGUGUGAUAAAUCCUCGGUUUCUCUCACUGGUGGCUUACCUUAUAUGCUGGAAAGAGCUGGACUUGAUGUUCAACAAGAAUUAGAAAGGAAUAAAGAGUUUUAUAAGAACGCGGAUGUGAGGCCACCUUUUACCUACGCAUCUCUAAUAAGACAGUCAAUUAUUGAGUCUCCUGACAAGCAGCUCACACUGAAUGAAAUUUACAAUUGGUUCCAAAAUACGUUCUGCUACUUUAGAAGAAAUGCAGCUACUUGGAAGAAUGCAGUGCGGCACAACCUAUCACUUCACAAAUGUUUCAUGAGAGUGGAAAACAUAAAAGGUGCAGUUUGGACUGUGGAUGAAGUAGAGUUCCAUAAAAGGCGUCCUCAGCGCUGUAUCAGCGGAACGCAAUCCGCACCAAUCUCUCUCUGCACAAGUGUUUCGUGCGGUAUGAAGAUGAUUUCGGUUCAUUCUGGAUGGUGGAUGAUGCUGAAUUUGUCAAGAGGAGGCACCUGUCACGUGGGAGGCCUCGGAAGUAUGAUCCUACACAGUGCACAACACCAUCUAUCCUGUAAGGCCCUCUUACAGCUCUCGAUUCGCCUGCUUUUCUGCUUGCCUUGCCACUGGCUGCAAAAUUUCAGCUCUCUGGAUGUGCCUUGCAUAAAAAGUGGCUUCUUUCCUCACAAAUGGUACAAAAAUCUAUUCUCAUUCAAAAUGGCUCUUUUUUUGGAAAAUGCUGAUGAAGACAGUGAACUUAUUUGGCCAAAAAUAUACAAAACUAAUUUUUAUUGUAACAAAUUAAGUAAGAGAAGACAUUUGGAAAAUGGAUCUAUUUUUAAAUACCACAAAGGUCAGAGUGUUGCCAUGACAACCCAUCGCUGGAAGGUCCUGGAACCCGAUGUACUUCUAAAUAGGUUUGUUCCAGUGGAAAAACACCAAAACCUCCAUGAAAUACUAAAUAAUUAUCAAAAUCAAUGGUCUUAAUAAAUAUCAAGUAAACAUUAUUUAGAGAUCGUGACCAGACCGCAUCUGAUGAUCUCUAAAUAACGUCUUAAAAAGAAUCAACUUGAAUGUACUUCUUUGUGCCACCCUCAGUGAAGAACUUCCUAGUCCAGAAAGAAUAACAAGAUAAUAAUUAACAAAGUAAGUCAAAUCGAUUUCUGUUCUGAGGCCAAAUAGAGUCAAAUGUCUCUCCAAAUUAAGUAAUGAUCAACAAAUCUCAAUUGAUAUUUCUGAAGAACACAACUGUAAAUUAGUACACAAAAAAAUUUUAAAUUAAUUUUUUUGGAAUUUUUAAAUAAAAAAAAUGAUCACAAUACUAAUACUUAAAUUGUAAGAAUUAAAAAUUAUUCUUUAAAGGAUAAUCCGCAAUUAGAGAAAAAUUAAAUAAUUUACAAUUUUAAUGUUUUUUCUGAUCGAUUUGGCAAUUUGGUAUACUGCAGAAAGGUUCAGGGCUGAUAGGCGUCAUAUCUGCCUUCUUGGUGUCCCUCUGCCCUUUAUUAUCUGCCCAAACAAGGGUAAUUUUGUUGUCUGACAAGACCCAAACUCAAGGCUCACAAAGCUUUGCUAGCCAUUGUGGAUCCUUCAGGCCUUAUCUUUUCUCUCCCAGGAUCAGAUAGGUACAAUCAUGAUUUGUCGAAAAAAAAUCCAUCCCAUUGUGUGUAAGGUUUAUCAACAAUACUAUGUUAAUAAAACAAAAAUCUUUAUCAGCAUUGUUUCAUUCACUGCCAUUUAUAACGUGUUGUAACAUUUGGAGGCAAGAGAGUAUGCUAAAAAUAGCCCAUUCAUAAAUAAAUUACAAGUAGAUGGUGUCAGAAGUCCCACAGCUCCCCUAAUCCCAUCAGAAAGGUAAGUUUUGUCUUUCCAUACCACCGAGUUCUAAGACUACACCAAUUAGCGGUGUGUGUUGAGGGCAAGGAUUGGACAGUUGUAGAAGUUUUGUAAUAUAAAAUUUGAAACUUAUAACUUUGUGGUAGUGUUAAUUUAGUACAAUAUGUCUUGGACAAA